AGAAAGAAGGCGAAAGGAUUUGACGUGUGAAGUUUUGUGUUCGAGUGGUUGUGUCACGUGACUAUGAGAAAGCGCGCCAAACUUCAAUUAAUCUGGGUUUGUCACUUCGGUUUAUGAGGAAACAAUGACCGAUCUUGGACUCUCUUUGGAUUUCAGUCGUGAUGAGGAAGAUGUCGAACCUAUGACGGCUAAUGAAGUCCUCUCGAAACUUGAAGAGGCAUGGCUAAAUGAGAAGUUCUCUCCUGUUUUGCUUGAAGCCAAAACAGAAAUUGUCGAAUGCUUGCUGGAGCAGAUUGGCGUCAUGGAAGAGAAUAUCCGCAAGGCCAAAAAAGGAGAUUUUAAGGUCAACGUCCACAGAAUGGAGCUGGACCGAGUGAGGUUUGUGUUGAACAGUUAUUUACGAAUACGUCUAGAAAAGAUCCAAUCUCAUGCUGCUCAUUAUAUCAACAAGGACAGCAGUGAAGAUGAAGAACACUCGUUAUUUUCACCUGCAGAAUUAGCUUUCGCUAAAGAGUAUUUGUCUUCUGUUGAAGAUCAUCUCACAGGUCUUGCCGUCCAACACAUGCCAGCUAUGUUGCAUACAUUGAGGUCUAAUUUAUCUGGAAUCGCUCCUUCUUUGGACAGCUACGUCUUCUUCAAGGUCAACAAAGAUGUCGAUGGAGUUUUGGUUGAAGAAGAGACAUUGGAAACAGGGGAUGAAAUUGUAGAUUUAAAGAAAGGUGAUCAACAUAUAAUGCGGUACCUCCCAGUCCAAUCCCUGGUGGCCUCUGCUGAUAUCAGUCUAAUAUAAUUGACUGAUUAAGUAAAAUUAACUGGAUGACAUUAAAUUAUAUCUGAGUGUGUGUAUGUGUGAGAAAUAAAGAGACAAUUUUUUUUUUUUGGAAGGAAGGAAGAGAAUGGGUGGCUAAUUAUGGACCCAUCGUUGUGAGGCACACACACACACAUGUGUUCAUACUUAGACCCACACAUUAAAACUGCCUUCUUUUACAGACCUGUA